GUAGUGUCAAGGUGGAUUUAAAGAGGAACUCAGUUCAUAGUUUCGUUUCCGCCUGGGCGGACUAACCCGCACCAACACAAACACUCAAUACAAUACAAUUUCGGAUCAACCCACCCAUAUCCAAAUUAAUCCAUAGGUAAGAAAGUUCAAGAUUUACAGAGCAAUAUACAGAAACUCAAAGGAUUGUUCCCAACAAUAUAACAGUAAAUCCCUGUUUCUGGUUUCCAAACGAAGUUCGAUUGCUUAAGCUCUUGAGGAUGUCGCAACUGGUGCAGAUGACCCACCACAUGACCAGCUGGCUGGGCUUGACUCCGGCUUCCCCCUGCGAUAACCUGGCCACGCAGGAUGCGGAUGGGGAAGUGCUCCAGGAGUCGUCUGGCUUCGUCACCGUUCUGGUUCUCUACUUCGUAAUCACUGCCUUCUUUGCGGCCCACAAUCUCUGGACAUCGUCCGCCGGGGAUUUGGAGAAGACACGAGUCAAGCGGGGACUGGUGGCCAUGGAGCGACGACAGGUGCAGCGUCACAGAGUCAGGAGUGCAGGGUCACUUCGAUUGCCAUGUUGGCUGGUCAAGCUGCCCUCUCUAAUUCGCGGGGUGAUCUCACCCAAUCGUCCACUUAUCCUCAAUCAGCGAAUGCGUUUGCGCAGAAAGAAGGAGCAGGAACUGAAAUCGGAGAAAAGGUUGCCGGCUUUGGAGGAGCAGGAUCCCUCGACUCCAUGGCAGGAUGCCAUCGAUGAGGAGAUGGCGAUGUCCAACUCUCUCGUCCCUCAACCGCAGAGGUCAACCUUCUUUGACAUUCCCUCCGAAUCCGAGUUAAACAAAUCCAGCCAACCCAACUAAUCCAAAUCCCACUGUUAAACUUCAUUAAAAAGUCGUAAAAAAAAUAA